CGCUGCCGCUCCGCUUCGUCCACUCUUACUGUCAUGCAUUCAACUCCUUUCAUUUCCUCCUCUGCCAGAGUUGUGUGUCUCAGGAGAUCGGUUCCGUGGAGAGGAGUGAGGCUGAUUGUGGAUUGCCGAGUACGGGCCUGAUUGAGACGUCAUGUGGAGUAGCUGCCUGUUCUGAGGUUGACGGGAAAUCAACCCUCUCAAUACUUGGAUGCUUCAAAAAGAGGUUGACGGAAACCCCAGCAGCUAAGAAAUCAGGAGGGUCUUGACUUCACUGGAGGAGUUAUUUAACUGACUUUUAACAUCACCCAGCCAAUCCCAGGUGGAGCAGAUUGCGACGGUUUUACUCACAUACGGCUCGUUGGAAAAAAUGGUCAUUUUCAAAGCAAAUGUCAUCCACAAAUCAGACAUGAACGUAUGUAAUCUAUGUGUGUAUUUAUUUGUGUAAAUCACAUCUGCUGUCAGUCCUUUUUUAUUGGUAGGUUUUACCAUCCACUUUUACGGAAGUUUUGGAACUCACUAUGCUGAUAUUUCAGACCACUGUUGACCCACAGUAUGAGUAACCAUUCCCACUGGUAUUAUCAGCCGUUUUAUGGCCGGUGGCAGCAUAGCUGAAGCUGACGGCAGGAUGCGGCUGUGUAACAGCUCAGAGGCUCUGCUGGGGAACGCCAGCGACAUGGGGCACGGCGACGUGGAGCGGGUCCUCGUCCCAAUACUGGACGCACUGAUUCUGGUGCUGGGAGUUAGCGGACACACCGUGGUGAUGAUGAUCCUGUGUGGAAGGCGGAGGAGCGGCGUGAGACCUGUGGGCCAGUCCCGUCAAAGCACCAUGACGGGAACAGGAACAGACGUCCUGCUGCUGGCCCUGAGCGCCGCCGACCUGCUUUUGCUCUUCAUUCUUCCGUUCCACACCGUCGCCAUAGCCAUGCAGCGGUGGCCGUUCGGAGACGCCAUGUGCCGCCUGGUGAGCUUCUUGGGAUCUGCCUGCUCCUCGGCCAGCGCCUUCACGCUGGCCUUGCUGGCUGCGUCUCGAUAUCUGACUGUGGUGUGGCCUGCCAGGGCCUUCAGCCUCCUCUCCCCUCGCCGUGUGUCCGUAGCUGCUGUGCUCCUGUGGGUCCCGGCCUGCUGCCUGGCGACCCCACAGCUGGUUUUUCGCUUCGUGGGACCCACCCGACGCCAAGCCUCUGGUGGCCUUGCCUGUUAUUCUUUCCACAGUGACCAGUUCAUCUAUGGAUUGUUUCACUUCCUUCUGGCCUUCUUGCUUCCGUUGGUCAUCAUUGCGGUGGCCUACGGCAGCAUCUACAUGUUCCUCGGGGGGAGGCAACGGGCCGGCAGUGCUCCCCAAGUAGAGCGCUACCACAGCAAAGUGACCCAGACGUCGGCCAUGCUGGUGCUGGCUUUUACCCUAUGCUGGCUGCCCUCCUACGGACUGACACUCGCCUUAUUGGUGGAUGACCGCUCAGGGGCCACUGGUGCGUCGCCACGUUUCGGCCCCUUCAGUGUAUUUGCACGCCUCUUGGCGGCCUCCUCUAUGGUGAUAAACCCCAUCCUAUAUGUGCUAAUGUCCCAAAAGUUCAGACAAGACCUGCUGAGGCUGUUCAAGAGGGGAGGGCCAAGAGCCAGUGUUGCUGUGGUUGUGGAAGCUGCCUGACAGUAUUACCAUAAACAUCCAGCUUGAUAUGUGACGCACAAAAACUGGAGGAAUGCUAUUUUAUCCUGAAUCCAGAACAAUAAAAAGCUGAGCAGCUUUGUCAGAGGAAAAAAAUGAAAGCACACAAUCAUUACCAUCGAUUUGAAAGGUCUACUUCACAAGCAGAAACAAGGAACAAUACCAACAACAGCAGGCAACAUUCAACAUCUUUGCCUCUUGACAACAUUCAAUGGUUGUCUGGGUAUUGUUCAUCAAAUUGAAGAUCAAACCAGUAGCACUGAGAGGUGCUGCUCCACAGAGAAAGUGGGACAAACGAUCCUGAAUCAUGCCUUCCUUGUAAAACCUAUUAAAGUAAAGCCCUGUGGGUCAAACAUUAACGGUGCACCUGUGUUUUGUUGUGCUGAGAUAAGGUUAUCUGUGAGUCUGAAUGGCUGCUUGUACUGAUCAACAUUCUUUGUGUCUUGUUUGGCCACAGCUUCAGAAUAAAAGCAUGCUGCUUGUGUUCAGUUUGACUGAGAGUGCUUUGGAAAACAGUGGUUUUCUCU